AACCGUGCAGAAGGCUCAGCCCCCUUUAAACAGGCUGAUAUAACUUAGUUUCAUCAUCAUGCAAAGUAACAGGAAAACUUUCGGUUGGUUUUCUACAAGUAUUUAUGCAAUUAUUCAAUUUCCUCAGACCACAAUAGCGUUGUGAAAAUUUAAAACAAAUACAAAAAAAAGCGCUGGAAAGAGGACGCGAAGGCAGAACGCGUGGAGAGAACCUCAGGCGACAAUGGCCUCCACAGAGGCUAUGGAGCAUUAUUUUUUAAAUACAUCAACUUUUCGCCUCCUGCAUAAGAUUUCUAUUAGUGGCCUCCCCGAGCUGGUUGCCUAUAGCAACAAGACGCCGAGCCAUCGGACACACAGUAACCAUAGCAACUGCAACAAUGGAACUGCAACAGUGGCAGCUUCCGGAACCCGGGAAGGGAAGUGGCUGAUACACUGUAACGUUGACUCAUCCAGGAAACUCUGCAGAUCUGGCCUCACCUGGGAGGAGAGAGCACAGACUUAAGGCUUCCAGCCUGACAUUUGAUUUGAUUUAUUAUUGUCACAUGUACUGAGAUACUGUGAAUAGUGUUGUUUUGCAUGCGAUACAGGCCGCUCUGCCAUAAGAAGUGCAUCAGGUUAGCAGAGAGAAGUGCGCAAUAGUGUUUCAUCUACAGAGAAGUUACAGAGAGAGACCAACAUUAACGUUUGAGACGUCCGUUGAAAAGUUUUCUAACAGCGGGGAAGAAGCUGUUCGUGAAUUUGUUGGUUAGAUUGUAGCUGAUUUUUGCACAUCUCUUGUCCAAUAAAGGACAAGUUGCAGAACACUGAAUGGAGAAUAAUGCAAUCAUGAAACAAACUGAGGAGCUAAAUGAGCAGGAAGAAAAUCAGUCCCAGAGUUUGAUUAAGGCUGAUGAUUUAAUGCCAGAAAUUGGUGUGUUUCCCACAGCUUUAUCUGAGGAACAACUGGAAGCAGCUACAGAGAAAGCCCGACAAAAUUUCUUUGGAUCCAGUGGGAUUUUUAAUCUGGAUGGUAUUGUUAUGAAAAAUGAUACAGUUUCAGUCAUAAUAAAUGAUCGGGCUAAAGAACACUGGGUGAAAGGAAAUCGUUUUCUUCAGAUUGGGAAACUGGAGGAAGCUGUGUUUUCAUUUAAUAAAGCAAUUGCUCUAAACCCUCAGAUGAAAGAUUUUUAUUUGGGAAGGGCUGAGGCAUAUCUCCAGAUUGGAGAUUUCCAGUCUUGUAUUGUCAACUACAGAAUGGCCAGUUCUUUGGAUCCCUCAGAUGAAGAAUUGCGAUCACAGAUAGCACUCACCUUGUACAUCCAGGGUCAAAGUCUUUUUGAAAUGAAGUUAUACAUGGAUGCCUUAGAGGUUUUUGUGCAAGCUUCAGAGAUGCAACUUGAAAAUCUUCAUUACCACAUGCGAAGUGUUGAGGUCUUGAUUGCAUUAGGACGACUUGAAGAUGCUCUUCAAUUGGUCAAUGAACAACUUGAGAAUUUAAAGUCCAAUCCCGAGCUCUAUAUUCUUCGCGCGAGGCUGCAUGAUCACUUUUCCCAAAUAGCUAAUUGUUAUCAAGAUGUUAGUAGUGCCCUGGCUUUGGAUCCGAACCAUCAGGAGGCGUUAUCACUAAUGGUUACUCUGGCAAGUAGAGCGGAAGAUGCAAAGGCACGAGCGAUUAAUAAAUCUCUGAUCGGCAACUUAAAGAGUGCUCUGGACAACAUCAAUGAAGCUAUCAACAAUAACCCCAAUAAAGCAGACUAUUUUGUCUUCAGGGGAACCCUGUAUAGGAAACUCAAGAAUUUUAAUGCAGCUAUUGACGACUACCUCUUUGUCUUGGAUAAAGUAAGCACGACAGAGAGUGACACCUACCUGGACACUCAGAAACAACUCCUUCUAACAUACAAUGACUUUGCAGUGCACUGUUACCACAAAGGGUUUAUCGAGGAGGCGAUUAUUCUCUUAAACCUGUGUAUUAGGGGAGAAAAGCAGCAAAAGGGGCUGUAUAUUAACCGAGGAGAUUGUUUCCUCAAGCAGUGUAACCUGGAUUUUGCACUAUUGGACUAUGAGCAAGCUUAUGAGCUGGACCCUGCGGACUGGCGUGUAAAAAUCCGCAUCGCUGCGAUAAACAACGAGAAAGGCCUAAUGGAACAUCAGAACGGGAACUAUCAGCAGGCCGAGCAGCAAUUUACCAGCGCCAUUGAGAGCAACCCACAGGUAUCCCAGUACUACCUUCAUAGGGCAAAAACACGAGCAAAUCUGCAGCAAAUGUCUGGUUCCCAGGAAGAUGCGAUCAUCUCAUUGCUGUUGGAUGUAAGGAAUAAAGAGGUUAUUCCACUUUUAACACACCUCUUCCCUGGAAAAUCCAGAGAUGAGAUUUUGGCCAGUAAAAUUGUAGCAUCUGCAAGAGCAAAGCUAAAUGCUAGCCUCCAUCCCUUUGCAUCUUCUGCCACAAAAAAUCUUCAGGCAAGAGGGAUCCUCACAACAAAUCAAGCCCAUGAGAAUGUAGACAGAAACAAAGAUGUGCAGAAGGCAGCAUCUGAUUUUGCACCAUGUAUAAAAGAAGCAGAUUUGUACAAAGAAAUUGUAGCAAGAAAGAAAAUGCUCACUCAAGAAAUCAGAGACUCCCUUCAUUACAGGAAGCCCCUACUGAUUGACAGACCAAACAUUAGUAUGAUUUUAAAACCGCUGGCUAACCCCAACCAAAGUUCAGAAGCUGCGUCACCCAAGAAGCUGUGCCAGUGGAAGAGAUCUACAGACAUCAACUAAGCAAUUCAAGUAACCCUUCAAUGCUUCUUCAGUCCAUUCAACUGAUUCAUCUAAUAAAACUACAACACUAAUGUUUGCAGAUACACUGCAAUUAAAUAGAUAUUCAAACCUCAA